AUGGACACGCACUACUCGAUUGCCAGUGCCCGUGUGGAUAUCCACGAGGGUGGAAAGACGGUGCAGAUCACCUGCACGACAUUGAUGAAACAUUUCCGUGCUGGCGAGGCCUUUAGCAAUACGCCGGGCGCGAAUAAUGGUCCUAUACAUGAUUUUAGGGGGUUGAAGGAAAAGGAUGGGAUGUGGAAGUUGAAUGCAUGGAUUCUUGAGCCGAAAUUUGCACAAGAAACCCUGAUAUUAUGCCCAAUGUGCCGGAGGGUGGCCUUUGAUAGAUUGUUGGAAGAUUUCCAGCGUGUGCCGGAAGAUAUGUGA